CAACGAGGGCCGAGCCAGGCGGAUUGCUGGUAUACGAGUAUAUAAGCCUGAGCGCCAGCCACCAGACUUUACAUUCAGUCAAAACGUUCAGUGACUUCAACGCACUCAACAACCAACAAAAAAAACUUAUUUAUUCGCCAUGGCAAUCCAAACCGUCGCCGUAUUCGCCUGCGUGCUCGCCGCCGCAAUCGCCGCCCCAGCAUACCCGACUCCGGCUGCUUACCCAGCACCCGCCGCCGCCUACCCAGCACCCGCUUACUCCGCACCCAAGUCUUACGCCCCGGAACCCGCCUACGCCCCGGCCCCGUACAACUUCGAAUACAGCGUGCACGAUGACGCCACAUACGACAUCAAGAGCCAAUCCGAAUACAGCGACGGCAACGGAUACGUCAAGGGAUCCUACAGCCUUGUCGAACCCGAUGGCACCAAGAGAAUCGUCGAAUACACCGCCGACGACUACAACGGUUUCGUCGCCGAAGUGAAGAAAGAAGGCACACCCUCUUACAGCUCCGCCCCGGCCUACAAGCCCGCAUACAAGGCCCCAGCUUACCCAGCUGCCCCAGCCUACCCAUCGGCCCCAGCUUACCCAGCAGCCGCCCCAGCCUACAAGCCAGCUUACUCCGCUCCGGCUUACUCCGCCCCGGCUUACUCUGCCCCGGCUUACACCACACCAGCUUACCCAGCUGCCCCAGCCUACCCAGCUGCCCCAGCCUACCCAGCUGCCCCAGCUUACGGAUACUCCACCCCCGCCCCAGCCUACAAGCAAUCGUACGCCGCCCCAGCAUACAAACAAUACUACGUCGCCGUAUUCGCCUGCGUGCUCGCCGCCGCAAUCGCCGCCCCAGCAUACCCGACUCCGGCUGCUUACCCAGCACCCGCCGCCGCCUACCCAGCACCCGCUUACUCCGCACCCAAGUCUUACGCCCCGGAACCCGCCUACGCCCCGGCCCCGUACAACUUCGAAUACAGCGUGCACGAUGACGCCACAUAUGACAUCAAGAGCCAAUCCGAAUACAGCGACGGCAACGGAUACGUCAAGGGAUCCUACAGCCUUGUCGAACCCGAUGGCACCAAGAGAAUCGUCGAAUACACCGCCGACGACUACAACGGUUUCGUCGCCGAAGUGAAGAAAGAAGGCACACCCUCUUACAGCUCCGCCCCGGCCUACAAGCCCGCAUACAAGGCCCCAGCUUACCCAGCUGCCCCAGCCUACCCAUCGGCCCCAGCUUACCCAGCAGCCGCCCCAGCCUACAAGCCAGCUUACUCCGCUCCGGCUUACUCCGCCCCGGCUUACUCUGCCCCGGCUUACACCACACCAGCUUACCCAGCUGCCCCAGCCUACCCAGCUGCCCCAGCCUACCCAGCUGCCCCAGCCUACCCAGCUGCCCCAGCUUACGGAUACUCCACCCCCGCCCCAGCCUACAAGCAAUCGUACGCCGCCCCAGCAUACAAACAAUACUAAUUUAUAAUGAAUUCUAGAAACAAAUAAUUUAUUGUAUUUUUGUGUAAAUAAAAUUUCAAAUUGCCAAAUCAA